GCUGGAACGGAGAGAGAACUGGACGAGAAACAGAGGGAGAGAGAAAGAGAGGCCUUCACUUUGUACAACCAGAGAGAGAAACACACAUUCCGAAGAAGAAGAAGAAGAAGAAGAAGAAGAAGAAGAUGAGGUUGCUAACCCACAACAUGCUGGCCUCGAACAUCAAGGGCGUCACCAAUGGCUUCCCUCUCCGAAUCGAAGUCGAGAAAGCGAUUGAAAAACAGGUCGAUUUCAACCCGGAAUUCCUCAAGAACAUGUUCACCAAAAUCCACUGGAAAGCACUUGUAGAUGCUUCUCGUAUCAUGGGCUUCGCCGAGCUUCCCGAGGAGGCCGAUAGCUCCAUGCUUGAAUCCGAUGACUUCCUGAGGAAUUUCCACCAUGCCCUUCUGGAGCUUCACCUCGAGGAAGGUGCUCUUGUUUGUCCCGAAACCGGUCGGAGAUUUCCUGUUAAUAAGGGAAUUCCUAAUAUGCUUCUUCAUGAGGACGAGGUGUGAUUUUUCUUUUGCAUAGGUAUUGGUGGUAUUUGUAAUGGAAAGUAUUCGAAGUUUGGAUUUUUAUUGAAUGGAAAAAUUAGGGUUUUUCAAAGUUAGUUUAA